CCUAUCCUCAACUCCCGACUUCCGCUGCGAGACGCAGAGAUGGCACCCGCCGCUCAGCCAUCGCUCUCCUCAUCGCAGGCAGAGGCAGCUCCCACUGCUUCUUCUUACCCGCAAGUCUCAGUCUCUGAAGUCAUCACCGUUCUACACGAUGUCGGCCUUCCUUGGGUUACGGCCGAUGACAUCAACAAGGUCAAUCAACAGUCCGCCUACCGAAUCUUUGCCCAUAUGCUCGAGCUGCUGAGCGGUGUCAACCAAGACUGGCUCGAAAAGAGGAGGCAAGAAGUUCUGAUGGGCAUUGAGCAUCGCGAGCUCUAUGACGAGUCCCUCACUUGGGUUCUCUUCUAUCGCGAAGUCUCCAUUCUCAUGCAGGCGUCGCAGGUCAGAGACUUUACCUCUCACGACGUGCUGCGUCCGCAGCCGAAGCGCUUCCGCAAGCAUCUUUCAGCGCUUGUCAAUUUCUAUCGCUUCAGACAGGAGAGGCUCGAGGAGUUUGAGCAGUUCUCUCUCGAGAUGGAUGAGCUCAUUGAGCGCAAGGAGGAGCUGCACGCGUACAAAGAGGCGACCCGCGAGAAGAUUGCUGCGAUCAAGUUCCAACGCGAACAGGAAGCCCCCCGCGCAGCCGCCCUUGCGCAGGAGAACGAGGAAGUUAGCAAUCGCCUCUACGAGCUCAAGAAGGAGCAGUCGCGCCUCUUGCAAGAGGUCGACCAGCUCAAGACAAAGAAGACGCACCUUGUCACCAGCCAGACCGAGGUGACGAUGCAGAUCCACUCGGCAAACGAGCAAGUCCGCAAACUGCAAUCACGCAUCGUUACGAGCCCAAAGGAGCUCAAGGCCGUCCUCGUCACCUUGUCCCAAGAGCUCAGGGAAAGGAAGGCGCAUCUCAUGGAGACGGAACGCAAAGCCAAGGACUUCGAUGCUCGCAUUGCUCUGAUGAAGGGCAUAGAAGACGACCUAGCACAGUGCCAGAGCCUCCUCGUCUCCCUCACUACAGAUCAGGGGCGUCUCGAGAAUCUCCAAAAGGAGCUACGCGGGCUGGAAGCCGACUACGAGGGCGCCUCUUCCACCUACUCGCAGGUCUCGCAAACCUUGUCCGCAGACUCUAGGCAGCUGGAGAACGCCCAGAAGCGUUGGGAGCGCAUGCGCAAGACGUUGGAGGAGAAGCGUGCCUUGUGGAAGAAGCGGGACGAGGACUUCACAGUCAAAUGGGAGGAGACGGAGGGUGAGCGCUGGAAGCGCAACGAAGAGGCAAGUAGGAAGCAGAGGGAAGGUAGGGAGGUGGAGAGGGAGAUCGAGGCCGAGCUGCGUAGUUACGAUGCCGAGGUGGCGGCGAUGGUUAAGCAGCGCAAUGACUUGGUCAAGUUGGCGGAGGCGUACAUGGAUACUAUGAGUGCGCAGCUGGAUCUGGAAGGGGAGGGACUGCCUGUAGGCAUCGAGGGUGAGUAUGAGGAGGAGGACGAGGUGUCGAGAGUUGAUCACAGACGCGCUGUCGCGGCGUAGUCUCGCUGCUCAGGUGCAGAGCGUCCGCAUUGCGGCGGCAGCCUGUGUCCUCUUCCUGUUUCAUACCCCUGUGGCGUCCUUCUUGGGGCCCUUUGUAUAUUACCAGCUCCCUCACGCAACGGAUCGCCUAUGUCUCGCUGC